AGGCCUCUGGCUGCACAAACAAAAUACAGAGAGCUGCAUUACACCACACUGAUUUAGAGCACGUGAUUGUGAUAUGACUUAUUUUAUCAACACUUACAGUCUCAGUUCACUCUUAAAACUGGAGCACAUGAUCAGACAUCUUAUUGUCACAUGCAGCAAAUGGCCGCCCUGCACUGCACAUACAGGUUGCCUGAACCAUCCGUUUCAGAAACACACCAUCUCAUUAAAAAUACUGACUGCUUAUCACAUAAAUGAGAAUGUACCGACAUAUUUCAACAAGUGAUGUAUAUAUUUACCGAUUUUCUGCCAAAUCUAUCUCCCGCAGAUAAAACACAUAGAGUUCACAUCCAGGCUCAACAUGUAGCAUAGCAACACAGGAAGACAACAAGAUGCAUUUCCUGCCCCGUCUUGGGAAACUGCAAUCACCUUGAAACACUGCUGUCUGGUGGUCAAAAUGUGCAGUACCCGAGACCAACUACCUGCACAUAUUUAAAUAUAAAGAACAAAUAAAAUUACAUAACUGAACCAAAAUAGUUCAAUAGCGUUGCUACUGUAAUAUAAAAGAAAACCAACACUUUGAAACAGUACACUCAUUCAACCAAACUUUACCACCCGGCUACAUCCCAAUUUGAAAAGGGUGACACAGUCAUUCCGAAGGCUUCUAGACACUGAAUUUUUUUUAUUUGAACUUGAGCAGUUGUACGGGCCAUUAUCCACAAAUGGCGAAAACAUUAAACUCAUCCAGGAGUGCCAACCAAAAUUACUUUUAGAGCACAGCAACAAGAAAUCUGCAAGGUCACAAAAGAAGAAAGGUCACAGAAGUUUCCAGAAGGAUAUCUGAAGCAUUGCUGGCCUUACAUGCCACAGUAAAUGAUUCGAAAAAGAAAGAGACAGAAAAAAUUGUAUUCCUGACAACGUUUAAAUGCCAAAAAACCCUGCUGAACAAGAUGAACAAAAAGGCUAAUUUCACAUUUAGAUUUUAGCAUUUUUGAAAACACAUCACCACCAACAGUCAAACUUGGUAGUGAUGCCUUGAGACUGCUUUCAGACUUGUAUGACUCGCUAUUGUUGAAUACAGCUUUUUACCAGACAAUGCUGACGGAGAAUGUCCAACUAUCAGUUGUGACCUUAAGCUCAAGCUUCACUGGGUUAUGCAGCAGGACAAACAACCAAACCAUACCAGCAAGCUGACUAUUAAAUUGCUUAAAAUAAUAGAAAAAAUUAAGGUUUUUGAGCAGUCUAAUCAAAAUAUGUUCUGUAAUCUGAUUGAGAUGCUGGGGCAUGACCCUGAACAGGCCAUUCAGGCUCAAAAACCGUCUAGUGUGACUUAUUUAAAAACAAUUCUGAAAAGAAAAAUAGACCAAAAUUCCUCACCCUUUUUACAACACAGGGUUGUAAAAAGAACCCUGUGUUUCUGCUCUGUAGAUCCUUUAUAUAAAUUCAGAAUACAAAAUAAAAUGUUCAAACAUGUGCUAGAAACAGCUCUUCAGUGAUGUAAUAAAGUGCCUCUAAGCACACUUUCUGGCUCUGAAAAACCAAACUGUUUUGGGGUUUUUACCAACAGGCGAGCAAGUGACCGAUUACGGCGGGGUCAUUUGUGACUUUCUGCAGUCUUAGAUAUUAUAUAAUGGAGGUUUUGUUGGAAAACAUCAAUUGUACCAUAAAUGGGAGUGUGUUUUGUGGACAAAAUGAAUCACAUAAAACAAUAUAGUAAAGAGAAAGACUGUUUCAGGAAUGUAAGUGGUUCAACAGCUGUUUGUAAGUACAUGCUGUUGUACUAUUUGCCUCCACUCCUGAUUUUUCCUUUCCCAAGCCCUGAUAUGGAAUUAUUAAUAGUUCCAAAGGGAGCCAGGCAGGAAAGUUCAACCAGAACUGACCCCUCAAGUGUUCAAUAGUAUUUCUUUGGGUGCUUGAAGUAAACAAUGUAGGUGGUCAUUUAUUUUAGCUGCAAAUUCUAAUGCUCGUUUGCAUAUAAUUGAUAGGUUUGAAAAAAGAAAAGUCUGGAUCUUAGAAGGAGUUUAAUCUUCUCUAAAGCAAACUUGUUUUCUUUCACAUACCUCACAUAUAGUAUUAUUGUGGUGGAUUACUCUGACCUUGUCUUUGAGCUAGGCACAUGACAGAGGGGUGGAGAAAGCUUUGUAAAGGGGCAUGACGCUAAGUUUCUCACAGCCAAUAAGAACCACUGACCCCCUCAUUUAGCACUAUAAUGUCCAGAUCAACUCAGUGUUUGAUCUAGUCACUGACAGAAUUCAGUUUUUAACUUUUCAUUUCACUCACUAGAAAUAGAUAGAAGUUGACGGUGAGGUGCCUUUGGCAAUUUUUGGUCUGUCAUUGUAGAUACAGACCCACAGAUUCCUUCUGGCGAAUCUGUCAAACAUAUGUAGAGAAUCUUAAUUUUUCUUUUUUCCGUCCAUAUCGAAAUCUGCUCAGUCAUAUUCAGUUAUGUCUACUUUUUAAAGUGCCUUUAAGAGUUAUUCUGCAGAGAAUCUAUCCUUUUUCUACAGCUUCUGCCAAGGUAAGAUGUUCUACACAGACACUUUGCACCUUUGUUGUUUAACAAACACACGCUGAACUUAAUCACUUGGUUAAAUACUUGAUUUUCAGCUGGACAUUUAUGGAGAAUCUUUUGCUUUCCGUUAAUAUUAUAUGAAUGUUUUGAUUGUUAUGCAAUCCACAUGAUAAAAACAGUCCAUUUUAUGUCCUUUCCUCAUCUUUAAGAAUCUGGAUCAUGAUUUUGAAUGCUUAAUAUCAGAAUCCUAAGGAGGUGGCAAGAAUCAAGCAGCUGUUCUACAAUUAAAUAAUUUUAUUAAAAUAAUAAACUUAUGGAUAUUGAUUUUCAAUGUUAUUGAAGCUGAUUUGUCAAAUGUCUGUUUUGUUUAUUUUGUUUAGGAACAUUUAAACCAAUUUUUACCAAUACAUUAAGCAUUUGCUAAUUAUUUAGGAGAUAAGACAUGUAUGAUUUGGAGAUAAAAGUUUAAGUUAUCAAUAAGAAAAACUCCACUUUUUUCAUAUCAUUCACCUUACCUGGCUUUCCUCUGGUCUGUUUGUUGUCAUGUAGCACUCCCCGGUCUUCCACUGUCCCUGCUUUAUUUAGACCUUUAAAGCAAGACAUGAGCUUCAUGCCUCUGUUUGUGUUAUUUCAUUCUUCCACCUGGCUUAACUAACUUAGCUCUACAGUUCUUACUGAAUUAUUUGACACUUUGAUGCCUGAUUUUUAAGCUGGGUGGCUGAUCUUUAGUAAAGAAGACACAAAUCAUUGUCUGUGUAGACAUUUUAAUAUUAGAGCCAACCACAAACAUUUUGGUUUAAGCCUUCUCAGGAUGGAAACACUUAACCCUUUCAUUCUUUGUGAUUCUCCAGGUUUCAAAGAAAGUAGACAGUGGAGAAUCCAGACCUUCUACAUCCUAUAUUCAUCAAAGUUUUCUGUAAUUAAGGAAAAAUGCCAGUUGCCAUCGGAGGGCCUCAGGGCUACACACCACCUGAGGGUGGCUGGGGUUGGAUGGUGGUGAUUGGGGCCUUUAUCUCUAUUGGCUUCUCCUAUGCAACUGCCAAGUCCAUCACUGUCUUCUUCAAGGAAAUCGAAGUGAUAUUCAAUGUGAGCAGCAGCCAGGUGUCUUGGAUCUCCUCCAUCAUGUUAGCGGUCACAUACGGUGGAGGCCCUAUCAGCAGCAUCCUGGUGAACAAAUAUGGGAGUCGUCCUGUCAUGAUGGUUGGAGGAUUCCUGUCUGGAACUGGAUUCGUUGCUGCUUCUUUCUGCAACUCCGUUGAGGCGCUAUAUUUUUGCGUGGGUGUAAUGGGAGGUUUGGGAUUGUCCUUUAACCUCAACCCAGCCCUCACUAUGAUUGGAAAAUACUUCUUCAAGAGACGGCCUGUAGCUAACGGGAUUGCCAUGGCUGGUAGCCCUGUCUUUCUCUCUACGCUGGCUCCUCUUAACACCUGGCUCUAUGAUCAGUUCGGUUGGAGAGGAAGUUUUCUAAUCCUGGGCGGCCUUCUUCUUAAUUGCUGUGUGGCUGGCUCCCUCAUGCGACCAAUAGGACAAAAACCCAAACUUGCAGAAAAGACCACUGAAAGGAAGAGUAUAUUGCAGACCAUUAACAGCUUCCUGGACCUCACUUUAUUUAAACACCGGGGAUUUUUACUCUACAUUAUGGGCAAUGUUGUCAUGUUGUUUGGUUUAUUUGCUCCACUGGUGUUUCUUUCCAAUUAUGCAAAGAGUAAAGAAAUCCCUAAAGAGAAGGCAGCGUUUCUUCUCUCUGUGUUGGCGUUUGUUGACAUGGUUGCACGGCCCUCAAUGGGCAUUGUAGCCAACACUAAGUGGAUUCGGCCCAGGAUACAGUACUUCUUUGCGAUUUCUGUCUUGUAUAAUGGCGUGUGUCAUGUUCUUGCUCCAUUAUCAGUAGACUACAAAGGCUUUGUAAUUUAUGCCAUCUUUUUUGGAUUUGCCUUCGGCUGGCUGAGCUCAGUGCUGUUUGAGACCUUGAUGGAUUUGGUUGGGGCCCAGCGCUUUUCAAGUGCUGUUGGGCUGGUCACUAUUAUGGAGUGUGCGCCGGUUUUGUUAGGGCCCCCGUUACUUGGAAAGUUCAAAGACGUCUACCAUGAUUACAAGUACACGUACCAAGGCUGUGGGAUUGUUCUCAUCAUCUCCAGUGUCUUCCUGUUUGUAGGCAUGGGAAUUAACUAUCGACUGCUGGACAAGGAGAAAAAAGAAGAGGAGAGAAAGACCAGGAUGGGAGUUAGACAACCAAAUGCCAGCAGGGAUAACACUGCCAAAGAGGUUGGAGAGGUUAGGAGCAGUGAGGACACUGUUUAGUGCUCUAUUACUUGCCUGCUUGCAUUUUAUAACACAAUCUAAUGUUGUUCGAAGUUAUUUUUCUGUGAAUAACUUCACAUCAACAUGCCUUUGUUUCAUUAUAUGCUGUUUUCGAACAUUGCCGGUGAUAUCUCAGACCAUUUAUUAGAACCCUUUAAGCUGUAUUAAACUGUCAACAUAAAAUACCUCGUAUGCAUUAUUCACUGUUUGCUUGUCCUACAAGAUAUAUAAUAUGACAAUUAUGUUUAGUCAGGGGCUUUUAUUAAUGUUUUUCUCUUUGCAUAACUAUAUAUGCUUGUCGUAUUUUAAUAUGUACCAGGAUCACAGCAAAGCAUUAUAUUUUUAAAGAAGUGUUUUCUUCUUUUUUUUGGAGUGUACCACACAAUCUAUUUUUGUAGAUUAGCAAGUCAUUUUUCCACCCCUCAAACGUUGUUCAUUCCUAUUCAUUCAGCAUUUGAUUUAUCUUGUAAAGAUGUUGUUUGUAAUAUAAUUGUUCAGUCAAUUAGGAUUUUUUGGAAGUUAAUACAAUCUUGAAGCACUGCUUUGUUUGCUAACAGAAUUGGAAUAUGUGGCACCAGCUGCAGUUUGUUGUAUUUUCUGUAUAUAUGGAAGUUACAUUAGAAACAAAUAAAAAGCAAUUUAUCAAAACUGUUCACUUCAUUCAUUGUGUUUCAUAACCCACAAUACAUCUGCUCAUUAAAGAUGCAUUAAGUCACAUUUCCUCAAAUACAAAGAGCAUAUGAGAGAAGAUUAUUAUGCCCAUCUAGUCAUUCUUUAUGUAGUAGUCCUUAGGGUUGUGGGGGAGCUGGUGCCAAUAUCCAGUAUUCAUUUAGUAAGAGGCAAGGUACACCCUGGAUUUUUCACCACUCCAUCACAGGGCAACACAAAGUCACACAGGAUAUAAUACAAGCCUGUACAUGCGAACUCACACUUAAGGACAAUUAGAAUUCUUGCUUACAAUUGCUUCAGAAUUAUGCA